GCAGGAGAGGAAAAGCUACGCGAGGAGGGGGCGGGACCAAGAAAGCGCGCGUUCUGGCAGGGGGCGGAGCGUGCUUAAGGCGUGCCGCGUCACGUCCGGUAGAGUCAGAACGUGUGUGGAGGCAGCGCGGAGUGCUUCGUCUCUCAGCGGCUCUGAGAGCAGUGCGUUCAGCGAGGCUGUUACGGAGCCUCCGAAGAGAAGGCCCGAGAAGUGGACGGCUGCGAUUGAAGCACAUCGAGCGGUGACUGCAGCCCGGAGUCAUGAGCGACAGCGGCGAGCAGAACUACGGCGAGCGGGAAUCCCGUUCUGCUUCCAGAAGUGGAAGUGCUCAUGGAUCUGGGAAAUCCGCAAGGCAUACCCCUGCAAGGUCUCGCUCCAAGGAAGAUUCCAGGCGUUCCAGAUCAAAGUCCAGGUCCAGAUCUGAAUCUAGAUCUAGAUCCAGAAGAAGUUCUCGAAGGCAUUACACGAGGUCUCGGUCUCGGUCCCGCUCCCAUAGGCGAUCCCGUAGCAGGUCUUACAGUCGAGAUUAUCGCAGACGGCACAGCCACAGUCAUUCUCCCAUGUCUACUCGCAGGCGUCAUGUUGGGAAUCGGGCAAAUCCUGAUCCCAACUGUUGUCUUGGAGUAUUUGGGUUGAGCUUAUACACCACAGAAAGAGAUCUUAGAGAAGUUUUCUCUAAAUAUGGCCCCAUUGCUGAUGUGUCUAUUGUAUAUGACCAGCAGUCUAGGCGUUCAAGAGGAUUUGCUUUUGUAUAUUUUGAAAAUGUAGAUGAUGCCAAGGAAGCUAAAGAGCGUGCCAAUGGAAUGGAGCUUGAUGGCCGGAGGAUCAGAGUUGAUUUCUCCAUAACAAAAAGACCACACACCCCAACACCUGGAAUUUAUAUGGGGAGACCUACCUAUGGCAGCUCACGCCGUCGAGAUUACUAUGACAGAGGAUAUGACCGAGGCUAUGAUGAUCGGGACUACUACAGCAGAUCAUACAGAGGAGGCGGCGGAGGUGGAGGAGGAUGGAGAGCUGCUCAAGACAGGGAUCAGAUUUACAGAAGGCGCUCACCUUCUCCCUACUACAGUCGUGGAGGAUACAGAUCACGUUCCAGAUCUCGGUCGUACUCUCCUCGCCGCUAUUAAAGCAUGAAGUUGAAGAUUUUCUGAAACUUGCUCCAGAGUUGGGAUAUUGUUUGUGGACAAUAUUUUUUAUUGUCUCCUGUUUAAAAAGUGAACAGUGCCUAGUGAAGUUAGGUGACUUUUACACCUUUUAUGAUGACUACUUUUGGUGGAGUUGAAAUGCUGUUUUCAUUCUGCAUUUGUGUAGUUCGGUGCUUUGUUCAAAGUUAAGUGUUUUCAGAAAAGUAUGUUUUGCAUGUAUUUUUUUACAGUCUAAAUUUUGACUGCCGAGAAGUUUCUAUUGUACAAAACUUCAUUUAAAAGGUUUUUCUACUGAAUCCAGGGUAUUCUGAAGAUCAAAGCCUGUGUGUAAAAUGCUACCAAAUGGCAACAAAGUAACAAUAAAGUUUGAUUUGUACUUUCCUUUCUAACAUAUCGAUGCUUAGCAGAACUGUUCAGGUUAAGUUGUCAGUAGUAAAUUUAAAGACAGAAAUACCCGUUUUCCUCCAGUUCAUUAAAAGUACCAUAAUUAAUAGACUUGCAAUUAAGUGUUAAAAUUAUGCUCUGUAACUCUGUACUGCUAGUAUUAGAACUAAAGAUAUUUCAAUACAGCAAACGCUUAUUGCUUAUCUAAAUGUGGAUUUGUCCGCCUUUAUGUAAUCUGUAUUAUAUAUAGCAGGAAAUAAGAAAAGAGUUACACAGUGUAUGCCUAAAAAAGGCGAUUUCUUCAAGCUCUUUUACAAGGGGAUAAUGGUAUUUCAACUAGUUAUUAGCGAGUGACAAUACAUUCCACCAUAGAUGUACUCUUGUUCUUCUGGCUUUUAGGCUAUGUGAGAAAUACCAGGAGCUUCACAGUACAGGAUAAGAGAAGGGAACACCACACCUGGGUCAUGGAUGAACUGAAGACUUUGCCUGUUCAUUUUUUAAAUUGAAGCCUUCUUUUCAGGUCCUUUGCUUACCAAAGGAAGGCCCAGUUUCACUCACAUGUUUUGAGAACUGUGUUUAAAUAAACUCAGAUGCAAAUAGAAAACUCGCUGGUGCAGCUCUUCAGUUUACAGAGAAUUCUUUGGUCUGGGUUUCUGGUUUGUUCUUUAAACCUGGUUACGCUGUAUUUAAAAUCAUCCUGCGAACAUCCUGUUGGAGCUUAGUUCCCAGUGCAGUGUUCCUUGGGCUGAAGAACAUCUAUAUCUGUUAAUAAAUAGACAAGUGGAAUAUUCCCAGAAAAUACAUUGAGUGGGUAACUAGAUAUUAAAGUGACCAUCUCCGUUUGGUGAUGAGUUACAGUAAAUAAUUUCAGCCUUCACACAAACCCUGAGGACAUCAAAAAUGCAUACUCACAGUGUCUUUUAACUUAGGUUAUUUUUGUGACCAGUUCUCAGGCAUUUGCUGUAGACUAAUUGAGUUUUCUUAGUUUGCUAAUCUUCAUAGCACUUAGGUUUUAUUCAGUAUAUUUCAGAUAAUUUGUAAGUACUUCACAUAUCUUAAGUCAUUUAAUCUUUAAAAAGUCUAUGAUGUCACUUUAGGUCAAGCAGCUAUUAAGGCAGUAAUGCCAGGAUCUGAAGCCGGGUGGUCUGACUCCAGAAUCUGUACUCAGCCAUGCAGUAUUGCCUCUAGUUUGGGUUAACAAGAUCAUAGGUGAAUGUUGGUAAUGGAACAUAGAAACUAUUUGCUGAUCUUCAUUUGUAAAACCUAUGGGUAAUGCAUGUCUGUCUCAGUCUUUUGAUAAUUUAAAUAUAUCUUGAAUUUAGUUAUCCAAUAAGUAUCUGGAACUAAUACUCUCUGCCUGAUGGAUUAUAUCCUAUCCAUUCUCAAUUUUGGAAUAAGAAGUGACAACUCAAGAUCUUUGUACAAAAUCGUGUUUUAGAAUGUAGCCAGAGGAGUUGGGUUUAUAGAGGGGUAGAUUAAAGGCUGAGAAUCCUAGUUUUGUGGUGAUAGUGUAUGUCGGGGAGCGUGGUGCUGCCUGUCUAGCUCUCUUGCUGGGGGAAAGGGCGAGGCCAGCGCAAGCAAGGCAGUGGGGUAGGAGUAGUAGAAAGUAAGUGGGGGGGAAACAAGAGUCCACACUUAAUUAGCCCAAGGUUUAGCACAUCUUCAGAAAAAAAUCACACCUAAUUGACACAUACCAGAAGAAGAAGGCUGAUCCAGCUAAGUGUUGGAUCUCAUUUAGGCUGCCAGUGUGUUUUUAGAUAGGAGUUUUGCCCUAUGUCUUCCUCUUUUGUUCUUGGUUCUGUCCACAUAUUUAUAAAUCUAAAUAGGACAGUCUGUGGAGCAAAUAAUAGUGACUGCCUCUUGCGCUGUAUUCCCAGAUAGUGUGUUUAAGUGCUUUGUAAAUGUUAUUUAAUUCCCACAACACCUGUGGUAUAACAAUCCUUUUGUAGCUAGGCUAGAAAGGCUUUAUUUGCCCAAGAUCAUAUAACCAGUAAAUACUCAGAUUUUGUCAAACUGCAAAGCUGGUGCUCUUAACCAGUGGAUACGCUCAUUUUAUUACUCUUGAAACGUCUCCCCUUCACCCCACUCUUUGAUUUUUUUAAAGUUCUCGUGAUGAUUUUGAUAGAGAUUUCUCGUAAUGGUGUUUAUGUGUGCAUGAAAGUGUAUGUAAACUAGACCUAAGGAGUUUAGUAUUGAGUGAAUGUAAGUGAAAUUCACAUCCACAUCUGAGUUUACUUAACUUUUUUUUUUUACAAUUCUUUUUGAGAAUAUACACAGCAGAACAUAAACCAGUUCCCAGCAUUUUCUGAAGAUGGCCUAUCAGACACUUUUCUAGCUGUUGGGGAUACAAAGGUAAAGUGUUUUCUAGGUAUUCCCGGUCUUAAGUGGUGUUUUCAUUCCAGUCUAGUUGUCAUUUCCAGAGUGAAUGGUAGGAUUCUUACAGUAAGAAAAGAUUGCGGUUAAUUUUUGUCAAGCGUAAUAGGCUAUAUCAAGGAUUAAAGGCAGUGACCUGUGCCUUUUCACCCGGCGUGCAUGGGAGUAUGCGGUGAAUGUGUACUUCACUGUAGACAAAACAGUGAGACAUGACAAAGUGGGCUGAGGUGAUUUAAAUACUUGGUUGCUACAAACUAGUAGUGAUCUUUUCUCCAUUAAUACCACAAUUUGUCUGAUAGAGAGACCCUCAGUGAGAUGGCUUGACAUAGCGGCUGGUGCAGGACCGGGCACCGUUUUCACUGUGUUAUACAGAAGGUAACUGUAUAACAUGAGACACCUCAUGUUCUGGGGUAAGGAGGUAUAUAUAGUCUGCUGUGGGCUGUGAUGGUGGCCGCUUGGUACCCACGGAAGAUGCCUAACGGGCGAGUGGUGGCUGAGUAACUGCUGCCACAGGCAGACCAGUUUAAAAUGGACAAACAAUGUCACAACUGUGGGAUAGAGUGGCAUUGGAUAAUACAGUGCAAGGGAAAAGAUCAUCUUAAAUCUUGGAAUUUUGCUUAAUAGGAUCAACAAUUGGGAGUAAGGUAAUUUAUAUUCAAAGUUUGUAAAUGUUAACGAGAAUGGAACAUAGUUUUGGUUUAGGCUGGAAUUACUUACACCGGUGCAGAGAAGCAGUUUUGCCUCGGACACUGGUGGUUUAUUUCUUGUGAUUUGAGUGGUUGGCUGUUUGAAACCUGGACCUAGGCUAAGUGAAGUGAAAAGGCCAGAAUGUUCUUGGGAUAAUGUAGCGGAAAGGAUUCAAGGUGACAAGAAGGCCGGACUGGUUCAGCAUCCCACUCUGCCCUGGAGGAUGUUUUCUAACAAGUCCUCAGAACACUCACUCCCUUCUCCCCAUGAGGAGUCAAUUGAUGAAUUCAGAAAUAUUCUUGUUUCAGAGAGCUUUACUAGCCUGAUAGAAAGGGUGCUGAAAUUGAGAUGGGAUCCCAGGUUAGCAGCUCUAGAAGCUAAAGUAGUCUGGGUCAUAAUUAUAAACAGCAUGGUGGAUGUCUUAUAUCAUGAAAUUGACAGGAAUUUCAAGCCUUUGGUAUUUGGGUUCAGACUGAGAGCUUACGUGAUAGAAUAACCAGAACACCUCUGGGGCCCCAUGACACAAUGGAGAAUUCAGACACUGAACACCUUGACUGAAGGAGAAGCUAGAAGCCCAAAGUAAGGACCCUGUAAUCGCAUGCACAUGAUGGACCUUCCUAGCUUGGGGCAUUCUGCAGUCAUUUACCCAUUUAAGUAUUGGAGAAACAGACAUUGAAACUUAACCACUAAUAUUAGAUACUGACUUAAAGUAAUUCAUGGGCACCAGGGAUACCACUGUGAUCAAAAGUCAGAAUGGGGUUUAUGGGAACUAGAAGAUAAAUAGGAUUCUGACUCAAAUCUGCUUCAUAGUGGGUUCAGUAGAAUCUCAAUAAUCCUGACAUUGAGAUAUUACAAGGCUAAUGUUAAAAAAAAGGCCAAAUGGAAGUCAUUUAGUCUUCAUCCUAAUUAAUUCUUAACAUCUGUAGUGGAAAUGUACUUUGAGGGGAUACCAGAAUGAUAACUUUCCCAUUCACUUCCCCGGUUUGGCCAGUGCAUUAAGACUGAUAGGUUAAGUGGUGAUUCUCAAUAUGGAUGCUGAUUAAGAUCGUUUCUUGGAAUACAUUAAUGCGGCCUCUGACACUAGGAAUGUGCAUGUGAAUCUAAAGAUUGGUAUUUUUUACUAUUAUGAUAAACAGAUUAACAUGAGAAGGAAUAUGUGUUUGUCUAGAAAGAAUCGCAGUGCCCCUUUCCAUCUUGCCUCAAGGACAUCAAUUGUCUGGGUUCCCAGAGGUCAGUAAGCUACACGCUAUGGACCAGAUCUGGCCUGCUUACUGUUUUUGUGAAUAGAGUAUUGGAGUACAGCCAUGCCCAUUCAUUAUGUAUUGUCUGUGAUGGCUUUUGUCCUGUAAUAGCAGGGUUGAGUUGUGACAGACCAUAAACCAAAAAUACUUGGUAUCUGACCUUUACAGAAAAAGUUGGCCAAUUCCCGAUGUGGUCCACAGAUCUGAAUCACCUCACUGCCCUACCUGUUCCUAGUUUAUAGGUAGCUCUCUACCCAGUAUGCCAGCCUCAGCCGGAGUCAGACUGCUAGAGUGCUAGAGAACCACUCAAGUGACUGAUGGAUAGCAGAGAAGGGAAAUCUUUCCAGGGAAGACUAAGCAGAUGCCUCAUUCUCUUGGUCGGAGAGAACCUGAGUUCCUGGGUGUAUUCCUGGGUAAUGACUAAUGGUAUGACUGCCUAGAAGCUUCUUAGUAGCAAGAUAAAAGGCUUAGUGACAAGACAGUUUAGGGAAGGACUGUGGGCCUAGACUAGAAGUAUGUUCAUGAAAGGCCUCUGGUGCAGAGGAGGCUCUUAAUCAGCUAGAAAAGAUCACAGUUUCCUGCCACAAUGGACUCAGUGGCUAAACUGGUUAUCAUCACUGGUGGCCUGUUAGCUGCCAUUGAGUCGCCUCUGACUCACAGCAACCUUACAUGUAACAGUGAAAUGUUGCCUGUUCCUGGGCCAUCUUCAUGAUGUUUGAUAUGUUUAUGCCCGUUCUGUCAAUCCUAACUUGUCAGUAAAGAUAACCAACCCUGAGCUCCAAUGCAAGAUAUACUUGGAGGGGAAUAACUGUGCACUAGGUAAUUACAUUGAGCUCCUUCUGUUGUGAAUUGAAUUGCUUUGGACCCCUUGUUGAAAAUGAUUUUAUCAUAGAAGCUUGGGUUUAUUUCUGGAUUUUCUAUCACAUUCCAUUGGUGGAUUUGUCUUUUGCCCAUACCACAUUGUUGCAAGUCCUCUUUAUAGUUAGUUUAUGAGUUAUAAUAGUAUCAGAUUGCAUUCAAGAAAAUAGUUAACAAGGUCUUGCAAUUAAAUACUAAAGCUCAAAUGCUUUACACAAUUGCAGAAUCGCUCAUUUUAUGAACCCUCAUGGAAAUUAGCCACUCAGUGUUUGGGCCAGUGAAACAAAGGGAAUAGGAAACAGUCUGCUGUAGCUGAAAUGGUGACAUAGAUGCUCUGAACCCACAGGUAACAGACAAUGUAAGUACAGAAGAUUAUUAAAUUCAAAUUUUUUUCUUUUGCAGACUGAUGAAUCUGGGCUCAUCUAAUACCGUUAGAAUCCCUGAAAAAAAAAAAAAAUGGCUGGGAAGAAACUU